CCAUCCAUUUCAAUGGUGCAGCUUUCCCAAGCCCCUUUCUGUAACCCAUCAUCACCUUCAGGCCUGUCAGAGGAAGGGAAGGAUAAGAGCAUGAAGGCGACCAAGCAGCAGGUGAACCCAUCUGGGGAGAGCCAGCUUCCCUCCAGUCCCCUGCAGUCUGCACUGAACUCAGCUGCCUCUCCUUCUCAGGCAUAUGAGACUUACAUUGAUAAUGGGCUUAUCUGCCUCAAACACAAGAUCAGGAACAUCGAGAAAAAGAAGCUUAAACUGGAAGACUACAAAGAUCGCUUGAAGAAGGGAGAAGCCCUUAAUCAAGACCAGCUGGAGGCAGUAGAGAAGUAUGAUGAAGUAGUACACAACUUGGAAUUUGCCAAGGAGCUUCAGAAGACUUUUUCAGGACUUAGCCAAGAUCUGCUGAAAGCACAGAGAAAGGCUCAGCGAAGAGAGACUCUACUGAAGCUUGAAGCAGAGAAGAAAAAACUGCGUACAAUACUUCAAGUCCAGUAUGUGCUGCAGAACUUCACUCAAGAGCAUGUUCAGAAAGAUUUCAAAGGUGGUGUGAAUGGUGCAAUAUACUUGCCUUCUAAAGAACUAGACUACCUCAUAAAAUUUGCAAAACUAACAUGUCCAGAGAGAAAUGAGAACUUGAGUGUUGAAGACCAGAUGGAACAAUCAUCUCUCUACUUCUGGGACCUUCUAGAAGGAAGUGAGAAACCUGUGGUGGGAACAACGUAUAAACACAUGAAGGACCUGUUAUCCAAACUUCUAGACUCUGGCUACUUUGAAAGUAUUCCAACUCCUCGUACCACUGUGCCAGUAAAAGAAUUGGAAGAAGCAGAAAAUAGAAAAUCUGAAAGAACAAGACAGAUGUCAAAAGGAGACUCUGUCAAAGAACCAGAAUCCAUUAUGGACCUUAUGAAGUCUGAAAUACAGCCACAGGAGUUUCUCAACAGGCGUUAUUUGCCUGAAGCAGAAUACUCUAUCAAGAAGAAGCCAGAAGAGCCCAAAUCUUGGGAAGCUGAGUGUGCUAGGAAGCAAGAAUCUCCAAAGUCCUGGGAAAUGCUUGUUGACAUUGAAGAGCAGGAGCAGAAGCAGAAACAAGAGACCUUAAAGCCUUGGGAAGCUCGUGUUAGACAGCAAGAACCAAAAAGACCAGAUUCUCCAAAGUCUUGGGAAGCUCGUGCUAAAGAGGAGGAACAGAAACGUGAGUCUACGAAGUCCUGGGAGAGUCGUGUUCAGGAGGAAGAACAGAAGAAGCAAGAAGGUCCGAAGGCCUGGGUAGCACGUGUCCGAGAGGAGCGGGAGUCUCCCAAACCUUGGGUAGCAAAGGGUAGGGAAGAGCAGGACCAGAAGAAACAGGAACCAUCUAAGCCAUGGGUAGCAAAGGCUAGGGAAGAGCAGGACCAGAAAAAGCAGGAGUCCCCAAAACCUUGGGUAACCAAAGUUAAGGAAGAACCAGAACAAAAGCAGGAAUCUCCAAAACCUUGGGUAACCCAAGCUAGGGAGCAACCAGAACAAAAGAAGCCAGAACCUAUGAAAUCAUGGGAAAUGCCUGUUAGGGAAGAACCAGAGCAAAAGAAGCAGGAACCUCAAGUGUCAUCACAGCAGUUACAGAACCCUCCAAAGUCCUGGGGAGCUGCAAGUGUUGGGCCAAAGGAACAGAUGGGCCCAAAGAAGUUUGAUAUGGAACCCAAAGAAGUGCCUAAACCUGUACAUCAGCCAGCUGCAGAAUUUUGCUCUACUUCAACUCUUCCAAAAGAUCCAGUAUUGAGAAGGGAAAAACUGAAGGAUCUGAUGACUCAGAUACAAGGGACUUACAAUUUCAUGCAAGAAUCCAUUCUGGAUUUUGAUAAAGCUUCACCAAGUGCCAUUGGUUCAUCCCAGCCGCCUUCUGCUACUCCAGCAAGUAGUUCUGUAGCUCCAAAAGAACAGAAACUGCCAAGUCAGAGUGAUUUUCUUCAACAGCCCCUUCAAGCUGCUGCUUCAUCCAUGACACCACAUGGUUCAAAUACUUCCCUAGCAUCUGCUGAUCAGACUCUUUCUGGCUCAGAAACUGAAGACGCAAUGACACCACAGACACCAAAGGCAACGAUUCCCCUUCCAAGUGAGCCACAGUCACCAUUGCCUACUUCGAGCACUUCUGUGUUGCCAGUCCCACCAGCGCAAAGCUUUCAGUCUCCUCCAGCAAGCAGCAGUUCUGUCACAAUAACAGCAGCUCCCUUUCAGGCUAUGCAGACUGUGUUUAAAGUGAAUGCACCACUGCCUCCACGUAAAGACCAGGAAACUAAGGAGAGUUCUUCAUAUUCAGCAGGAUAUAACCAGAGUUUCUCUACAGCAAGUACACAGACUCCUCCUCAGUGCCAGCUGCAAUCAUCUCAUGUUGCAGAACAAACCUCUGUUUCACAAGAAUCUCUGUCUGCAGUGAAUUGUCAACUGGAUGGAGCUGUUCCUGUUAGCAAUGGUAGCCUUGCCUUUUAUCCAGCACAGACUGUUAUUCCUAGACCCCCUCAGCCUUACCUUAACAGUCGUGGGUCUGUUAGAGGAUCUGCUAGAGGUGGAAGGUCACUGGGUAAUUCAUAUCGUUCCCCUGGUGGGUACAAAGGUUUUGAUGCUUACAGAGCAUCAAUAACUAAUGGCAGCUAUGGCCAGCUGCAGUUCCCUGGUAGAGAUUAUGCUGGAAUGCCAUAUUCUCAGAGGGAUGUUAAUUACCAGCAAUGCUAUAAACGAGGAGGGAUAACUAGUGGGCCUCGAGCAAACUCAAGAGCAGGGUGGAGUGAUUCCUCUCAGGUGAGCAGUCCAGAACGAGACAAUGAAACCUUUAACAGUGGGGACUCUGGGCAGGGAGAUUCCCGCAGCAUCACCCCUGUUGAUAUGCCAGUGACGAGCCAAGCUGCCACCAUACUACCAGUGCAUGUCUACCCCCUGCCACAGCAGAUGAGAGUUGCCUUUUCUGCUGCUAGAACAUCUAACUUGGCCCCUGGAACUCUAGACCAGCCAAUUGUGUUUGAUUUGCUGCUGAACAACCUAGGAGAAACUUUUGAUAUCCAGCUUGGAAGAUUCAACUGUCCAGUGAAUGGUACUUACGUCUUCAUCUUCCACAUGCUGAAACUGGCUGUGAAUGUUCCCCUGUAUGUGAAUCUCAUGAAGAAUGAAGAGGUCCUGGUGUCAGCAUAUGCCAAUGAUGGGGCUCCUGAUCAUGAAACAGCCAGUAAUCAUGCAGUCCUGCAGCUGUUCCAGGGAGACCAGAUCUGGCUGCGUCUGCAUCGGGGAGCCAUUUAUGGAAGUAGCUGGAAAUACUCCACCUUUUCAGGAUACCUUCUUUAUCAGGACUAA